AUGCCCGGUGGCUGGACCAAGUUCCUCCCUGUGCCCGUCCUGGUGGCUGCCUUGGGAAUCCUCUACUCAAAUCCUACCGUCAUUAUCCCGUUCUUGGAUAAAUACGCUGGACGGUUGUCGGACCUUCACCCUGCAGUUGACCAUCUGCAUCAUGGAGCUUUGAACAAUGACAAGUGCUGGAAGAAUACCGCAUGUGGCUACCCAGAAACACGCCGUGUGUUCUUCCCGCCUCUCAACCUCCACGACACGGUCACUGCCCAGACGUAUCGAGAGUACUUUUUGAAGUAUGAUAUCAAGACCAACACCACUAUCCCUUUAAAAAUUGACGGCUUGGACCCAUCUCACGACCUGGUUCUACAUGGCAUUGACCUCUUCGUGCCAAAAGAUGAUGGCUCGCUGAUCUACCUGUUCGCCGUCAACCAUGGGCGUCGAGGCGAGGAAAUUCUGCUUUUCUCUCACGUCUUGGGGUCAAACACUCUCACCUUCGUGCGCGAGUUCAAGCACUGGAAGAUCAAGACGCCUAAUGCAGUCGCUGCACUUAGUCCAGACUCCUUUUUCAUCACAAACGAUCACUACUUCUACGGCGGGGCUUUCGGUGGUCUCCUCAGAACGUUCGAGGACAAGUUUGGUCCGUGGAAAUGGGCUGGCGACGUGGUUUACUGCUCGGCCGAAGGCCCUUCUCUCGAGUGCAAGACUGUGUCGCCGGUCAAUGCUCACCCUUAUGCUAAUGGAGCGAUCGUGGUUGACGAGGGCAAGACGUUGAUGGUGAACGACGUGCUGGAUGCGACCACUACCAUUUACGCCAUCGACAGGGAGACUAAGCAAUUGACACCCAAGCAGGUCGUGAAACUGGGUGCGGGAGCAGAUAAUCUUUCCAUCAUUCCAGGAUCUGGAGAUAUCGUCGUAGCCACAUUCCCCGAUAUUGCGGCCCUGAUGAGCCGCCUCCAUGAUCCGCUCAACCCCAAACUGCAUGCAGAGGCAGCAGUGAUACGUCUCGUGAAGAACAAGAACUAUGAACCUGAGCUUUUGUACUGGGACGAUGGGACACAGCUGACGGUGUUGACGGGAGCUGCUGUUGAUCCUGAAUCUCAUAAGCUGAUUGCAGGCAGCGUGGUUGAGAAGCAUUUCAUUGUCUGCGACAUUAGUGGAGCUAGCCUCUGA